ACACACGCAUGGGCACGCAUCCAAUCACGCACGUAGACACACGCACGCACAGAUUGUGGAUACACCUCUGUUCUGGAUCUCCACAGAGUGAUGUCAGAGGUCAGGGAGAACAGUGAACGGGAGGUGUGUAUGGGUGAACAUGUGUGUUAGAGCACUAGGACAGGGCCAUUCCUCUCCAGUAUAAAUACUGGGUCCUGGUGGAGACGGGUAGAAAAGUGAUGCAUACACCUUCAGGACUGUGUGAAAAGACAAAAGAGGAGUCAAACUUAUCAUAAAAGGAGGUUACACGGCAGAGAAGAGAAGAUUCACAGAGGAGUUAUUCACCAAAAAGAGUGGAGAAUGACUGACCAAAACGGUGUAUUCAUGGGGAUGGACCUGCUUUGCCAGGUGAACAGCCAUGCCCAUCGUACAGAGGAGAUGGACGUGGAAAGGCUGCUGGUUCGUAGGGGGCAGCCCUUCUCCCUUGCCUUGCAGUGCUUCACAACCCUGCCCCCUAAACACAAACUAGCCAUGAUCUUGCAUCUAGGUAAGGAGGGUGAGGUGGUUGUGAAGGUGUUGGAAGCCCGUGCUGGCAGUGGCAAGUGGUGGUUCCGCCAGCAGGGGGCUCAGAGUGAGGUGCUGCUGACGAUCCACAGCCCAGCAGACGCCCCUGUGGGAAUCUACAGCGUGACAGUGCUGCUCCUCUCCCCUGAUGGACACAUCCUGGAGAAGACAACACCAGAGUUGUUCUACCUGCUCUUCAACCCCUGGUGCAAAGCUGACUCUGUGUACCUCCCUGGUGAGGAGCUGCUAGAGGAGUACAUCCUGAAUGAAAAUGGCCUCCUUUACCAGGGUUCCUGGGACCAGAUUUCCUCACUACCCUGGAACUUUGGACAGUUUGAACAAGAUGUGGUGGACAUCUGUUUUGAAAUCCUGGACAAUUCACCUGCUGCACUGACAAACCCAGAGAUGGACACAGCCAACCGAGCAGACCCAGUGUACGUGAGCAGGACAAUUACUGCCAUGGUGAAUGCUAAUGAUGACCGUGGCGUGGUGUCUGGCCGUUGGGACGGGAAGUACGAUGACGGUGUGCCGCCCACACGUUGGACUGGCAGUGUGCCCAUCCUCAGGCGCUGGAGUGAGGCCGGGGCACAGAGGGUGCGCUACGGACAGUGCUGGGUGUUCUCAGGCGUAGCCUGUACAGGUCGCAGUUGUAAAUCAGAACUUGUUCUCAACUGGCCUACCUGGUUAAAUAAAGUUCUUCGCUGUCUGGGCAUACCCACUCGCCCAGUUACAAACUACUCUUCUGCCCAUGACACCGAUGGCAACCUGAAUGUGGACUAUCUGUAUGAUGAGCAGCUGGAGAGUGUGUCUGAAGGCAGGAAGGAUAUGAUCUGGAACUACCAUUGCUGGGUGGAGUCCUGGAUGGACAGGGAGGAUCUUCCUAAAGGCUAUGAUGGGUGGCAGGCUCUGGAUCCCACCCCACAGGAGAGGAGUGAUGGGGUGUACUGUUGUGGGCCCUGUCCAGUGAAGGCAGUGAGGGAUGGUGAUGUGGGGAUGAAGUAUGAUGCAGCCUUCGUGUUCUCUGAGGUGAACGCAGACCUGGUCACCUGGAUAGUCUACCCAGAUGGCCAACGCUCACAAGUUUCCCUCAACCAGAAUACAGUUGGCCAAAACAUCAGCACCAAGAGUGUGUACGGAGACUACAGAGAGGACAUCACUAAACAUUACAAAUACCCCGAAGGUUCAGUGAAAGAGCGUGAGGUGUAUGAGAAGGCAGGACGGCGGGUAACGCAGCCGAAUGGAGCACCAGGGCAGCUGGAGCUGAAGAUCAAACACGCCCAGGCCAUCCUGGGGACAGACUUUGAUGUGAUAGUGGAGGUGCACAACGUCGGUGGAGAGGACACCCCAGCGCAGCUGACUGUGACGUCCAACGCUGUCACCUACAACAGCCUCCACCGGGGGGAGUGCCAUAGGAAGACUGCCAGCCUGACCGUGCCAGCCCAGAAAGCUCAUAAGGAAGUGCUGCGGCUACGGUACGAUCACUACGGGGCAUGUGUGUCUGAGCAUAACCUGAUCAGGGUCACAGCACUACUCCAGGUCAGCGGCCAGCCCGAAGUCAUCUUACAAGAGGUCAACAUCCAACUGAGCAUGCCUCAGCUCCAUGUCAAGGUGGUGGGAGAUGCAGUUGUAUCUCGGAAAUUGAUUGCCCACAUCAGCUUCACCAAUCCACUGCCUAUUACCCUCAGAGGGGGCGUGUUUACUGUGGAGGGGGCAGGUCUGACAGCAGCGCAGGAGAUCCAAGCACCAGAUGACAUUGGACCAGGUCAAGAGGUCAAGGUCAAGUUGUCCUUCAAGCCCACCCGAGCAGGCCUGAGAAAACUGAUGGUCGACUUUGAUGCAGACAGAAUAAGGGAUGUUAAAGGCAUUGCCACUUUGAUUGUGAGAAACAAGUGAACUGUCAAUUAACAAUGUAUAUCAUAUCAUGUAUAUUUCUAUAUAAAAACAAUUACCCUGUAAAUGCAAAAUGAAAGUGAGUUGCAAAAUCAUGUGUUGUUUUUUUCUAUUGUUCUUGAUGAUCUUAUGAAGGGAUUUACAAGCCUUGGCAAAGAAAGAUGGGUCUCUGAAUCCAAAAGUAUUGCUAGAGUCCGGAGACUAAAUCUAUUUGUGAGACUAAUGUAACCAUACCCUUUGUCACGUAGAGUAGGCCAGAAGGCUAAACUGAAAAACCUAACCUCUAUCAAAUAAAAAGAUGGCAAAAGUA